AUGAGUGAACCUAGCCACGGCGAUGUCAUACGCGAGCUGCACGACGACCUCGCACGUCGGUACAAGCAGCAUGGCCCAUCGAUCAUCAAGUUUUGGCGCUCGUUUGACAGCCAGCAGCGGGCAAGAUGCAUGAAGGCCGGGGUAGCAGACGGUGCCGUCCUCAAGCACAGUCUUGACCGAUCACUCGGAAAUGUCUACAAGUUCAUUCCAGAAUGGAAUCUGCGCGACAUCACAGCCGCCGACUCCGAUCUCCUCCUCGAUAUCCUCAAGUAUCGCGCUUCCUCUACUCUCGUGCAGCAAUACGCAGAGGGCGUCAACGGGGGCCCAGGCGAUUGCGAUCUCAUCGCCGAUAUGAUCCAGAACAAAGGGCUGCGCCACGUUGACAGCUUCAAGGAUUGCUUCACCUUUUUCCUCAACGAUGAGACCUACGGCAGAUCCGUCAGGAUUAUGAAGGAGAGGGAACAGACAAUGGCAGGAUUUGCUCCAGCCAUCAGGGCUGGUCUAUGCAUUCCCCAGUCCCAUGGCGAAUUGGUCCUCCAGAGACAGAGCACUCUACUGCAAACUCUCGUCACCAUUGUCGACGACAUCCUGGAUGAGGGUUCGAAGACGAGAAAGCAGCCGACGAACAAGCCGCCAAAGCCCGACACAACGCUGGCUGGAGAAUUGUCGAAGCUCAAUAUCCAGCCUGGACCAGCUAACCUGUCACUGCCAGACCUAACUGCUACAGCUCAGGACCGGCGAGCCGCUCUCGAGGAACGUCUGAGUCUUGUGUCAUCAGACCCUGUUGUCUUGGCACAUGACACCAACUUCCGCUUUUACAGUCGGCCAGAACUUGUCCCUGAUGAGAAAGGCCGAUCAAUGGGCGUGCACACGGACAAGUACAUCAGCGCCGCCGUGUUUGAGGUCAUUCACAACGUGGUACAGGAAUCUGCCAUCUGGAGAUACAUCGACCAGCUCCUCCAGCUCCUCAGCUCGAACCCAGACAAGGCUUAUCGGCCCAUUCUUGUGCAAGAAUUGUCAAAUAUGUGCCACUUGGAGUAUGCUCGUGCCCAGCAGGCCUUCAAGCGCAACGUGCAGACUGCCUCGGGUAUGAAGUGGUUCAAGCGCGUGUCUGGUGUUUACGACAAGCCUAGCGACGCCCGUGUGAAUAUUAAGGGGAAUGUCGAGGACUUAACCAGGUUGGACCCUCAGCUGCACUACAUGCUUCGCCUUUGCCAGCCCGAAACAACCGCUGCCAAGGCCGUCGACUGGAUCAAGAAACUUAGCGACCUGCACAACUCGCAUCCCGAGGAGCGAGAGAAGCUCGAGGAGCGAGAGACCGAGGCUCUAGGGAAUUUGGCCAUCAUCAUUGGAUUCAUCUCGGAUUUAUCCCCCACUAUCUCAAUGCCACCCCUCUCUCGCAAGCAAGGCCAGAUGUUUGUGUCGCGGUCUCAGGGUCUCGAGGCCGAAUUGGAUCAGUUCAAGAAGGAAGUUGAUCUUCGCGAUUUCGCGGUCCCGAUCGAUAACCUUUUAGAACCUGGCAUGACCGAAGGCGCUCUUAAAAGGCUGGACGAGUUUAUCGUGGCCAAGGCCGGGACGAAGCUGGGCUUCUUGUAUCAGGACCUGAUCCAGGAUUGUCUAGACGAUCUUGACCAGAAGCUAAAGGCCAAGCUAGCAAAGGUGGAGCCGCCAGCACCGCAGCCUUUUGUCAUCCCGGAGCAGCCCGAGGAGCGCAUCCAGCAGCGUCGGGAGAAGGAAAAGACCAGACCUUCGACCACGACCGUCUUUGAUAUCUUGCCUCCUAAAAAGGGUGCAACUGCCGCUGAAAAUGACAAAACGACCGAGGUCCUGCCGAAAUUCAAGGUUAGAUCAUCUACGGCUCAGGUCUUUUCUACGCUCUUUGACAAGUCCCUUGCUCGCGGCUCCGUCAGCUGGACGGCAUUCACGGCGGCCAUGACUGAGCUUGGGUUCUCGCUCAUGCCGAAAUUCGGAUCGGUCUUUACCUUCUUUCCACCGCAGACCAUGGACACGCAGAAACCACUAACGAUGCACCGGCCACAUGGGCCGCAUAUCGAGGGACAUUUGGUCCCGAUUUACGCGCGGCAGUUGGCUAGGGCUUACGGCUGGGGUAAGGAGACUUUUGAGACAGCUUGA